AUGAAUUUAGAAGAAACUCUCCUUAUUCUUUUUGAAAGAACUUUAGAAUCUAAUAAAGAUGAUCAUUUACAAACCAUUUUAGCAAGUCAAGCUAAAAUUAUAUAAUAAAAAAAAGAAAAUGUCAAUCCUUCUUAAAUAUAGACAUCAGUAAUUUAGAAAAAACUUUAGGCGAUAGAAAAGAAUUUUAUUAGCUAAGAUGCUUUUAAAAAGAGAAGAAGGUCUAAAUAUGAUCAUCGUUCUAAUACAGGAUCAUAAUAAGAUAAUGAAGAAGUUCCAACUAUCAUUCUUGAUUAAGAUAAUCAAGAAAUAAAUAAUAAUCAAAAUAAUUUAUAAUAGCUAAAAACAGAAAAUUCAAAGUUAGAAAAUCAAAUUACUUAAUUAGAAUAUCAACAAAGAGAAAAAUACCUAAAAAAUUGUAGUGAAAUUGAAUAAAUUAACAGAGAAAAAUAAUUAUUAUUUGAAAAUGAUAAGAAACUCAACGAAAAGUAAAGAAAAUUAAAUUAACGAUAAUUAUUACUCUAAUAAAAAUAGAUCAAUCUAUAAAAAUAAGAAUAAAAUUAUUAAAUCUAAUAACAUAAUAUAGAUGAAUGCUAAUAGGAAUAAUCUAAUUAUGUAAAUUUAUAUCUAAUUCAAUAGGAAAAUCAAUUAAAUAAUAGAAGAGAUGAAAUGGAAAAACUUCAAAUCAAAUUGAAUAGCUAUGUAUCUCAAUUACUAAGUUUACAAAGAAGCAAAAAUAAAGUCUAGUGUUAGUUAAAUGUAUAAAUUGAUGCAGUUGAAUAAUUGGCUUAAUUUAUUUUAAAGGAACGUUCUAAAUUACAAUAAGAAUAGCAAUACAUAAGAUAAUUCAAGGAAAGAGUUUUAGAAGAAAAGAAACAAGUACUUUAAAUGAAAGAGUAGAUUUCAUGA